AUGGCCGCCCCAGUACCAUUAGAUCGCCUGCCUCCCACAACCACCGCUUAUGUGAUCGCGACAGCCAUCAUCGCAGGAGUCACCGGAUACUUCAUCGGCCAAGGCUCCUCACUCAACCUCUUUAAAGAAAAGGAAGGCUGGCCCAACAGUUACGAUGUAGAGGUCCACAACCACUCCUCCGACGAGGGCGAGGAGGAUUCUGAAGAAGAGGAGACUGACGAGGAAGACGAAGGCAACGGCGAGGAACUAGCCAGCUUUAAGCACAACACUGAAGAGGUGAAGCUGGUGCUGGUUGUCCGGAUGGACCUGGGCAUGACCAAGGGCAAAAUCGCCGCCCAAUGCUCCCACGCCACCCUCGCCUGCUACAAAUACUUCCAAGAGUUCGCGCCCAACUCGCCCAUCCUUAAGAAAUGGGAGCGCGGUGGCCAGGCCAAGAUCGCCCUGCAAACCCGGUCUGAGGAGGAAGUGCUACUCAUGCAGGCUCAAGCCAUAAGCCUUGGUCUUUGCGCGCGCGUUAUUCAGGAUGCUGGUCGCACUCAGAUCGCGAGCGGUAGCAAGACUGUGCUUGGAAUAUUGGGACCCAAGAGUGUGGUUGACGGCGUGACGGGACACUUGAAGCUUUUGUAG